CGAGACCUGGGCUAACUGCAAAGGUCUGCCUGGAAGUUCAGGGCCGCAGGACCAGGCUGUGGCUGUUUUCUCGACUUUAGGGGGGGGGCCGGCCGGAGCUCUGGCAGUCACAGCCAAGUUGGAAGGAGAAUCUGAGGAGGUUUCGCCUUGGGUGUGGAGGAAGCUGACCGUUCUCGCCGUGUCCAGGGUGCAGGGUCUGCGGGUGGCCUUGGGCUCCAAAGUCUGUCAAAUACGGGAAAGGGCCUGAGGAUUUUAGUUGAGGGGAGAGUUUGGGGAAAGGAGGCUGUCUGGAGAAUGACAUUCUCCUCUCCACAACAGUCUGAGGUUAUGCGACUCGAUGAUCCCGCGGAAACGCUACGGAUCUAAGAACACGGAUCAGGGUGUCUACCUGGGUCUCUCAAAGACACAGGUUCUGUCCCCUGCAACUGCUAUCAGUAGCAGCAGUGACAGCACUCCUUUGCCCACCCCGGUGGCCCUGGUCCCCUCCCCUCCCGACACCAUGUCCUGCCGGGAUCGGACCCAGGAGUUCCAGUCUGCCUGCAAGUCGCUGCAGAGCCGUCAGAAUGGAAUCCAAACAAGCAAACCGGCUCUGCAUGCAGCCCGACAGUGCAGUGAAUUUACCCUCAUGGCCAGGCGCAUUGGGAAAGAUCUCAGCAAUACAUUUGCCAAGCUGGAGAAGCUAACAAUCUUGGCAAAGCGCAAGUCCCUCUUUGAUGAUAAAGCAGUAGAAAUUGAGGAGCUAACAUACAUCAUCAAACAGGAUAUCAAUAGCCUCAACAAACAAAUUGCUCAGCUUCAAGAUUUUGUGAGGGCCAAGGGCAGCCAGAGCGGCCGGCAUCUACAGACCCAUUCUAACACCAUUGUGGUUUCAUUGCAGUCAAAACUGGCUUCUAUGUCCAAUGACUUCAAAUCAGUUUUAGAAGUGAGGACUGAAAAUCUGAAACAGCAGAGGAAUCGUCGGGAGCAGUUCUCCAGGGCACCAGUGUCCGCCCUGCCUCUUGCCCCCAACAACCUUGGAGUGGAGUGGGAGAACCGAGCUGCCAGAAUGGUGCUGAUCGACGAGAAUGUGCAUGGAGCCCAGCUGGAUGUUGAGGCAGCCCAUUCAGAGAUCCUCAAGUACUUCCAGUCAGUCACCUCCAAUCGGUGGCUCAUGGUCAAAAUCUUCCUCAUCCUUAUUGUCUUCUUCAUCAUCUUUGUGGUCUUCCUUGCCUGAACCGUCCUCCCUCAUUCUGAGCCACUCCAUGGAGGGCUUGGGACCCUCCUGGGAGGACAGGUGACUACUAUUGCCACUGAGCCUGUACAAGGUGGUUGGAAGAAGGCCAUUUCCUUGGAACUGCUAAGAAUGGCCAGGUGUCCCUGAUUCCCCACCCUUGUCUCUGGCCACUCUGUCCUACCCUCAGGCCCAUGAAACACACUGGUUCUGGAUUUGGACUCCGCUGUGAAGUGGCUGGGAACAGAAGCCAGCUAGGGGCCAGUGGGGGAGGUUGUCUCCACCAUGAGAUUUUUAUAAGCCUAUACCAGCCUCCCCCAAAGGUAACUGGCAGCCAGAGGAGAUAAUGCCCUUCCUUCUUGAGAGGCAAGGAGGUAAUACUAUCCAAGGGACCAACUUCAUCAUCUGGGUCAGCUAGAACUUGACUGCCACCUUCUCCUCACCAUGUGAGGUGAGGGGGCUUUGAGCCCUACAGUUGCCUGCACAAACCUGACUUUGGCUACUGGUGACUCUCAAUAUGCCAAACAUGCUGCAGCCUGUUUCCACCCAAUUACAGCAAGACUGUCAGCCUCA